CGUUAAUGAAAUCGUCAUGUCAAUAAUAAUGCAUGUAAUACUUAAAUGCUUUUUGUGAUUAUUUAUUAUUUCGAGAAGAUAUUUUAUUUUUCUAAAAUACAUUAAUUUUUUAUUGUUUUUUCCCUUCAUUUGUUUUGUUAUCAAUUAAUAAUUGUAGUUAUGAUUUAUUUUAUUAAUAUAUAUGUUUUGACAUUUAAUUAAGCAAGUAGGGUGUGGGUUAUCUUAUCUUAGAUUACUUUAGAAUUUAAAACCAGAGACACACUAAUAUAUAUAAGUAAGUAGUGCUUGUUUAGAUACAAUAAUUGAUUCUCUCAUGAUUAACAAUAAGGACUAAUAUUAUCAAAUAAGUUAUAAUUAAUUAAUCAAUUGUAUAUAUUUAUCUACUUGCAGCAUAUAAAUUUGUCUAGGAAUGAAAUAAGAUGAUAAAGAGUGAGUACCAUAUUCCUGAAUUAAGAAAUCAACAAUACCAAAAACACCAAAGCCAAAAAUAUAUCAUAAUCAAAAUAUUAUGGAUUAAUUGGCUAAUAACAUUAAUUCCUUGGAUGGAGGGACCAAGCCUAACAACCAACCCAAUUACCAAACACAACAAAACCCGCUCCUUUCAUUCUCCUAAAGUGGCUACACACCAAAUUAACCUUCUAAAGUAAAAGCAACGAAACCUCAUAUCUCAUUAACUCUAUAUUUUAAAUCAUCUCUAUUAUACUACACUUAAAACAUAUUCUCCCCUCUACUUCUUAUAUUAUAUAUCUUCUAUUUCAUAAUGAAUAAGAGGAAAAUGGACCCGUUUGGUGCAAUCCAAGAUAAAGAAUGGAGCGUGUCAAGACAAAAGAUAAGGUUAUAAUUAUAAAGGGUUUUGCUCCUUUUUAUUUAUUUUUUUCUUUUUACAUUACAAAAAGUUUGAUUAGUAUAACCUUCCAUUUCCAUAAUUUUGGCUCCUCCAUCUCACUUUUGGUCUCUAUAAUUAAAGUACUAAUAAUCCCACACCAACACCAAAAAAAAAUUCCAAAUCCAAAAUCCUACCCCUAAUAUAUAUAUUGCUUUGUUUUGUCUCCUUUUCAUUCCAAACAAACAAAAAAGAAAAACCUACCAACUCCUCUUUCUCUCUCUUUCUCUCUCUCCAUUCCAAUAUGUUGCUAAUGAGAAACUCCAUUUCCUCCACCAAGAAAUUCUUUCAAAGAACUUUUGGUAGUUUGAAGUGCCUCUUCACCGGAGGGUCCUACCAAAAGCUACCGAAAUCCCCUCGCGGCCAUCCAUUCACCGGCGAUUCUACAACCGCAGCCACCACCGCAACGAAUAUCCACCAAUGGGGUGGUGCCAGCUGUACUAAAAGGAGAGAAAAAAGAUCAGAUGAUGAGAAUGAUCACCAUAUAAUUAGUACUACUACUACUUAUGAUCAAUAUCCAAUGGAGCAGAAGAAAAAAGAUCAAACCUCUCCUAAUAAAAAGGUGGUGAUGAUGAGUAGUAAUAAUAACAACAAAAAGAAGUUGGGAGAUUAUCAUUACAGCAAUAAAAAUAAAAAUUGUUUGGUUGAGGAAAAGCUAAAAGAGCUAGAAAUGUUGGAUGUUAGUAAUGUGGACCAUGUUUUGGACAUAGAAGAGGUUCUUCACUACUACUCUCGUCUAACUUGCCCAGCUUACCUUGAAAUCAUUGAUAAGUUUUUCAUUGACAUGUUCUCUGAGUUGUUGGCUUCUUCCACUCCGGCUCAACCACCCAACUCCAGGUUCAGAUCACAAUCUUCUACCAUCACAUCAUAAUUUAUUUAUUUGUUUAUUUAUUAACUACUAAAUUAAUUAAGGUUUUAUGUUUAUUGAUUCUUUGCUCGCGCCUAUUCUUGUUUUGUAAUUAGAAUAUUGUGGAUGAUUUUUAUUUAAUUUUUCAAAUAAAAAAAAAAAGUUAACAGGCUUAGAGAUUGGCCUCAUUAAUUUGUUCAUUUAAUUAUUGAUUUAAAGAAGGAAAAAAAAAAAAAAAAAGAAAAA